AUGCCCAAGAUACGAACGAGCAGGACAAAAAGACCCCCAGAAGGUUUCGAGGAUAUUGAGAGCAUUCUCGAUGACUAUGCGAAGAAGAUGAGAGACGCUGAAAAUGAGUCCCACGAAGGUAAACGCAAGGCGGAGUCGCUAUGGCCUAUCAUGCGCAUUUCGCAUUCGCGCUCGCGGUAUAUAUAUGAGCUUUACUACAAACGCGAAGCUGUUUCAAAGGAACUUUACGACUGGUUGUUGAAGGAAGGCUACGCAGAUGCAAACUUGAUUGCCAAAUGGAAGAAAACAGGCUACGAAAAGUUGUGUUGCUUGCGGUGUAUCCAGACAAGAGACAUGAACUACCAAGGUUCAACGUGCAUUUGUCGUGUUCCGAAGGCUCAGAUUCGCCCCGGAACUGUUGUGGAGUGUGCCCACUGUGGAUGCCGGGGUUGCAGCUCGGACUCUUAA